AUGGAACGAAUAUCCGUGCAGGAUCAUCGUGCGGUGUACGAACGGUUGUGCAAGGAUUAUUUGAAUUUGAAACUGUUGACGCAGCAUGCCUGCCACGGUCCGGAACAGUUGGAGCGCUGCAAACAAUCAGUGCGGCAAGAUAUCCAUUCCUGUCGCAAACUUUCGCGUAUCACCCAAUUCGAACAGCUUGUCGCGCUGAUGGAGCAGAGAAAUCUGCUAAGCCUUCUGAAGCCGGAUCUGAUCGAGCGGUUUGUACUGGCACUGGGCACAAAAGAGGUUGGCAGCGCACUCACCUCCUACAGGGAUGUGCUACGAUCGCACUAUGAACCUGUUCGUCGGUUCUAUUUCGAAGAUCUACGGCACCGGGAUCGUCGAACGCUGCUGGAGAAGGAGGUAGAAAGGAUUAAACUGCAAGAAGCCGCCGAACUGCCAGCAGUAACGCCACGGCCACCCACUGCAGCGACAAACGCAAAGCGCGAUGCGUACCUCCGGCAGCGUGAGAGCAUUUACUCGCUGCUGCAGCUUGAAAUUGGCAAAAGCUGGAAGGUGUUUGGCCGGUUUUUGAACGUCCCGGCGGGCGAGCUGGACGAAAUCGAGGAACGCAACAGGCAGGAUCUGAAGACGCGCAUCUACGAGACGCUGGAGCGGGCCGAAGUGCAGUUCGAUGACGCUGCGCUGGACCAGUACGUUGGCGUGCUGCUGAAAGCGCUGGAAAGCAGCCGGCGGAAGGAUCUGAAAAGAAAAAUUGAAACCAUGUUACAACGGUAGAGUUUCGGAGAGGGAGUAGUGCGAGAUUCCCUUUACCACAUUAAGGCCGGGCUACAUUGAUCGUACUCCGUAGUGUAAUUUUGAUUUUCACUAGCGUAUCUGGCGGCGCCUGGUGGAAGCUUUUUUUGGUCCUCGAGGGAAUGGUCGUGCCGGAUCUCAAAAUUAAGUAGUUUUUACAUCGUUUUUUGAUGCGACCGUUUUCUGAAAUACUUGCACUAUAUGUUUGUCUAUCAAUUACAAAGCUUUUCCAGUCCAGUUAAAGUAAAAAACAUGGA